CCUCCUCCUCCUCUUCGUGCUUGACCCACCAACAGUUUCGCUUCGCUUUCCCCCUUCUUUCGGAUUUUUCCCCCCGAGUUCAGGAGGCGGAUGAGUCCGGCGUUCGGUGUCCUCUGCGCGCUCGCCGCUCUCGGGUCGGCUUCGCUCGAGCUCGGCCACGUCGGGGCGCAGAGAGGCUCGUGGCCGGGUCGGAAUUCGACGCGGGCGGGCAACGACAACGGCCAGUACGGGCUCUACUCCAACCUGGACCCGACAAUGGCCAUCGUGGUCGUCGUCACCGUCUGCGCCUUCUUCAUGAUGGGCUUCUUCUCCAUCUACAUCCGCCACUGCUCCGAGGAGUCCGCCGACGCCGGGUCCCGGCGCGCCGUCCGGUUCGUCCCCGCCGGCGGCGGCGGGAACGAGCGCUGCCUCCUCCGGCGGGGGCUCGACCCGGGGGUCGUCGACUCGUUCCCCGUGCUGGCCUACGUCGCGGUGAGGGACCACAAGCUGGGGAAGGGAGCGCUGGAGUGCGCCGUCUGCCUGACCGAGUUCGACGGCUUCGACCGGCUCAAGAUUCUGCCCAAAUGCGAGCACGUGUUCCACCCGGAGUGCAUCGACGCGUGGCUCGCCUCCCACGUCACCUGUCCCGUCUGCCGAGCAAAUCAGACUCCCGAUCCGUGCCUCCGCCUCGUCGCCGCCGCCGCCGCCGCCGCCGAGUGGGCCGCCGAUCGGGCGCGAAUCAGCCAGCGGCGUGCCGAAGAAGAAGAAGAAGAAGAACACCAGCCGCGGCGACAACAGCAACAACCACCGCCGUGCGAUGAAGUACGAAACGAAGUGCGGAUCGACAUCGGAGGAGGAGGAGACGAAGAGCUGGGAGCGGCGGCGGCGGCGGCGGCGGAGAGCAGCAGGGCUCCGGCGGGGAAGCUGCCGAAGUCCCACUCCACGGGUCACUUGCAGGCCCGACCCGGACCCGACCCGGACAGCUACGCGCUGAGGCUGCCGGAGGAAGUGAGGAAUCAGAUAAGGACGGCGGUGGCGGCGGCGGGGAUGAGGCGGUCGACGAGCUACGACGUCGUGUUGGCAGCGAUAGAAGGGAGCUCGAGGAAGGGAGGGCGCCUCUUGGCCGGGACGCCGUCGUUUCUGCCGAAGGCGGACAAGAUUCAUCAUCAUACGGGAGAUGGAAUGGACGGUGGAGAUAGAGAGUUCGAGGUAGGGGAACGGUCGCCAUCUCGGCUGCCCGGAUAGAUUCGCGCUCGCGCCCUCUUUGAUGGGUUUUUUUUGGUUUUUUAAAAUCAAUGUAGAUAUUUUUAGAGAUAGAGGUGUCAAAAUGGGUCAUGGAUCGGUUCUCUGGACUCGUAUUUUUUAGGUUCGGGUUGUAUUUACAUUAGGGUCAGGUGAAAGCGAGUUUGGAAAGC